AUGGCAGCUCCUUCUGUUUCAGGCUCCAUUGAUGAUGUCCUUGGUGACCUCUUGGGGGAUGAUAUGGCCUUACCUGAGAAGCCUGUAGAACUAGCUCCACGAGCCCGAGACACCACAGGCGGAUCUCAGGUGUUUCCUCCUUCAAGGGCUGGAGCAAAGUCCCUUCUGGAAGGUGAUUUCCUCAGCCCUGUGGCCGGCCUGGCAGGAGCUGACGAGGUUUCAGACGUCUCGGACGCAGACCCGCAGGCUUUGCUCCAGGCCAUGAAGGACAUGGAUGACAUGGAUGCUGACCUCUUGGGUCUAAAGAAGUCAAGUCUAGCCUCUAGCAAAACAGCUGCAAAGGGUUCUGGGAAAGAAGAGCUAUCUAGCGUUCCUAAGCCUGUUGGCAAGUCAGCAGGCAAUGAGAAAGCAAUGGAAGACCCGUUGGCAGGACUUCUCUCAGAUGACGAGGAAGGAACUGCCAAGCAACCGCCCACAACAGAGAGUAAAACGGCUUCUGACAAGAGCCCCAGCACCGUCCGAGACCAAGGCCCCUCGAUUCCUCUCACUCCUGGUGACACCCCUGUCCGAAAGAAGGAAAAGCUGAUGUUUGAUGAAGGGGAUGACCUCAUGGCCUCCCUGGGGUUUGGAGACAACCCCAAAGCAGAGCGGGGGCAGACAGGAGACCAGGAGGGGCCCCGCCCUGCUCGCUCCAAGCUAGAUGAGCUGCUGGGUCGAGGCACUGCUGCCAAACUGCCAGCACGCCCAGGCGCCGGGGAGCGUCGGGAGUCCAGGUUGGCUAGGAAGCCCCAGCGGCUGCAGGACAAAGAAGAUACCUGGGGUGAUGAGGACUUCACCUUUGGGGCCUAUCAGCCUACCAUGGGCUCCUCGGAGGGUUGGCAGUCUCGCCGGCAGUCAGUCAGUAGGUUCUUAGCAGAAAGUGACACAGACCCCAAGGGCGACCUGGGCUCCAGGCAGAGCACUCCCGCUGCGGCCAGCCCCGUCCACCCCCGAAAGGGAGGUGCCGACUGGCUAGGCCUCAAGGACGACGACUUUGACCUGCUGCCGCCUUCUGCCACCAGAGAGACCCGAAAGGGUGGCUCAGCGCUGUCCACGACCUCAGUGCCCCCUCCUGCCAGCCGGCACUCGGCCCCCACUGGUCUGCCCAUCUCAGGGGUGGAGCUGCCCACUGAGGGUGCCAGCUCCCCUUCCAGAGCCAACCCGGCCUCCACGCCGGGAGCGUCUGUGGAGAGAGAAGAGGACGACUGGCUCAACCAUGCCUUGUCUCGGAAGAAGUCCCAGGCUCUGGUCAGAGAGGGGCGGGCUGGGGCCUGCAAGGGCCUGGACUCAGCAGACGCUGCGGGCCCACCCUCCCCUGGCAGGUCCCCUGCGACUUGGAAGCAGACUGCCGUGGCGCCCCCUGCAGACGAUCCAAAGAGGGGCCUGGCCCCUGGAGACCUCUCCGGACCUACACUUUCCCCCCCGAGCUCCCAAGAGCCCACAGGGUUUCCAGCACCUGCCAAGCCCCUGCUGCAGAGCCGGCUGCUGGGCUCAGAGUCCCCCAGGCAGCUCCUGGCAGCCCAGGGGCAGCUUCGGGGCAGCACCGCCGAGCUCCAGGCUGAGCUGUUGCGGAGUCAGGCCCGCCUGACCGAGCUGGAGGCCCAGGUGCGGAAGCUGGAGCUGGAGCGGGCCCAGCACACACUGCUGCUGGAGGGUCUGCAGCGGCGGCACCAGGCGGACCUGGAGCUCGUGGAGAGCGCGCACAGGAGCCGCAUCACGGCGCUCGAGGCGUCGUACCAGCAACGGGAGGAGCGGCUCCGGAGGGAGAAGGAGGAGCUGUCGGCUCGGUACCUGUCUCGCUGCCAGGAGGCCGAGCUGGCCCACACUGAGCUCUCGGCCGAGCACCAGCGGCGCCUGGCUGCUGCCGCGCAGGAGAAGGACCGGGAGAUGGAGCGGCUGCGGGAGCUGCAGCGGGCGUCGGUCCUGGAGAUGCGCAAGGACCACGAGGACCAGGUGCAGCGGCUGAAGCUGCUGAAGGACCGAGAGAUCGACGCUGUCACCAGUGCCACCUCCCACACGCGGGACCCAGCAUGGGGUGAGGCGGCUCCUUGCUGCUUGAUGGACGGGAGGCGGCAGCCACGCCAAGUGCCUGAAGCCAGUGAUUCGGGGCCAGAGCUGUUGGUGUUCUUUGACCAUCCGGAGCCGCCGAGUGCCUCUCUGGCAGCGGUUCCCAACCCUCGAGCCUUGGAGCGCUGGCGUGUGAGUGCCGAGCAGUUCAAGGCUGAGUCCGCCCAGCGCUCCCUGGAGGAACAGAGGAAGGCCAUGGUGCAGCAGACAGCCAUGGAGAGGGAGGAGCUGGAGCGGGCCAAGAGUGCCCUGCUGGAGGAGCAGAAGGCUGUCAUGCACAAGUGCUCGGAGGAGCGGCGGCGCCUGGCCACCGAGUGGGCCGAGUUCUUUGCACAGCAGAAGCUGAGUAAGGAGCGGGCCGAGCGUGAGGCUGAGCGGGCACUGCAGGCAGGCAGCCAGCGGGAGGACACCCUCGUCAGCCUGGCCAAGGAGCAGGCCGAGCUCAAGAUCCGGGCCAGCGAGCUCCGGGCCAAGGAGGACCAGCUGGCGGCCGAGCAGGAGGCGCUGGAGCGGGAGCGGCAGGAGCUGCAGCUGGAGAAGGAGCGGGUCAACGCGGCCGCCUUGCGGGUCCGGCUGCGCGCCGAGGAGGUGGAGGGCAUGAGCAAGGUGGCCUCGGAGAAGUAUGAGGCUGGGGAGCGGGCCCUGUGCGAGGCCCGGCAAGUGCAGUCGGAGCACCAGGCGCGGCUCCGGCGGGUGCAGCAGCAGCAGGAACGGCUGCGGCAGCAGGAGCAGCACAUGCACCAGGAACAUCUGAGCCUGGCCCAGCAGAGGCUGCAGCUGGACCGCGUCCGACAGGACCUGCCCUCCAGCCUCGUGGGGCUCCUUCCCAGGCCGCAGGGCCCGGCAGCCCCCAGCCUGAGUGUCCUCAGGACCUCUGCUCCCAGCAGCCCUCCAAGCAGCCGGCCACCGGACAGCCUGGGCCCCUCCCUCCUCCAUGCCAGGCUGGUGCUGCUGAAGCACACGGCCGAGAAGGACCGAGACUUCCUGGAGGAUGAGCAGUUCUUCCUGGAGACCCUGAAGAAUGCGCCCUACAACGUGACAUCACAUCCUGCCCGAGGCGCCCUGGCUGCCCCUCAACCCAGGGCAUAG